UGGACACGGUCACCAGGGCAACCGUCUCCGCAAAUCGGUCCAAUCAGGGCGGCGAGCGGGGGUCCCGCCCUCUCCUCUCAAAGCGGGCCACCCGAGGCCGCGUGGCCCCACACCGCCCGUCCCGCCCGCGUCGCUUCUCCACAUGGUGUUCAGGUCGCCUCUGGACUUGGUCUCGGCUUCCGGCCUCCUCCUGCGCUCGCAGGCGGAUGGCGAGCGGCCGGGCGCCCCGCUCGCCCCCCGCGCCCCGCCGCCCGGCCUGUGCUUCUCGGCGUCGCAGAUCGCCGGCGUGUGCGAGACGCUGGAGGAGACGGGCGACGUGGAGCGCCUGGCCCGCUUCCUGUGGUCCCUCCCGGCGGCCCCGGACGGCCGCGACUCGGUGUGGGAGCACGAGUCGGUGCGACGCGCCCGCGCCGUGGUGGCCUACCACAGCGGCAGCUUCCGCGAGCUCUACCGCAUCGUGGAGACGCACCGGUUCACGCGCGCCUCCCACGGAAAGCUGCAGGCCAUGUGGAUGGAGGCGCACUACCGCGAGGCCGAGAAGCUGCGCGGCCGGCCGCUGGGACCCGUGGACAAGUACCGGGUCCGGAAGAAGUUCCCCCUGCCCAGCACCAUCUGGGACGGCGAGCAGAAGACGCACUGCUUCAAGGAGCGCACGCGCGGGCUGCUGCGCGAGUGGUACCUGCAGGAUCCCUACCCGAACCCCGGCAAGAAGCGCGAGCUGGCGCACGCGACCGGGCUCACUCCGACGCAGGUGGGGAACUGGUUCAAGAACCGGAGGCAGCGCGACCGGGCCGCGGCCGCCAAAAACAGGUUGCAGCAUCAGCGGCUGUGUUCGGCGGCGGCGGUCCGGAGUCCGGACGUCCACGACCCGGAGCGAGGCGACGGCCGAGUUCUCCUCUCGGUGACGGACAGCGACUCGGACCUGGACGUGUGACUCCAGAUUCAUUUG